GGACGGACGAACAAACAUAAAUUCACAAAAUUUGAAAGCAGACUUCUAACAAAUCAAAUUUAUAAACUAUAGCUUCUCUUUAGAUUGGUAAACAUAUAAAUUAAUUAGAUAUGAUUAUCUUUUUAUUCAAAUUUAGUAUACAUUUUUCAUAUUAAGUCAUUUUUUAUAUCUAGUUAAAAUAUUUGAAAACUGAAAUAUAAAUGUUUUCUAAAAAAUUGAUUUUUAAUGUUCUACAUAUUCCAACUAAAUAUACAGUAAAAACAUACCGUAAGAGUGUAAAAACUAAGUUUGCAAUCAAAUGUAGAAAUGAAAUAAAAGGCAAUCCAGGAGGGAAUCGUUUGUUAGCCAUGACAUUAGAAGGAGAAUCUCCAGAUAAAGUUGAUAUUUCAAUGGAGGAAAUUGAAGGAGGGGAAAAUGACAUGCUUAAUUCACAUUUAUUUUAUGACGAAUAUAUAAAAGAAAAAGAAAAAGAAAAGAAUUUAAAAUCUUUCUAUAAUAUCAAAAGAAAAUAUUUUAAAAUUCAAUCGACACUGCCAAACUUUCUUACUUAUUUAGAAAAGCAACAAAUAAAAUUUUUACACAAUAAAACUCCAAAAGAGUGGACUCCUGAAACCUUAUCAUUAUGUUUCCCUGCAACUCCUGAAAUUAUUCAAAAAAUAUUAAAGUCCAAAUGGAUAGCAGAUGAAGGCAUUAAAAUAAUAAGACAUGAUAAGUUAGUUCAACAUAAUUGGGAGUCCUUUCGUAGUGGUACAUUACAAUAUUCAUUACCUGAAGAUAUUAAACAUCAUUUAUCUAAAUUUUCUGAUAGACGCCCAAAAUUAAUUACAUUAGAAGAAGCAGAAAAAUUUAUACCGAGGCCAGCAUCAGAUUAUUUAAAGCCUAAAGAAUUUGGUCAAAUUAUAACAAGUUAUUUGGGUGAACCAGUGGUAAAUAAUGAUCAAAAACAACUUGAAUCAAAUACUGAAAGUUUGUUAAGAAUUUAUGAAAAUGAUUUGAAUACUGAUACAAAAAAGAAACACUUUAUAUUGGAAGAAUUGAAUAUUAAAUCGAUAAAAAAAAAUUCUUGCUACAAUUCUCAAACUGAAAAUUUUGUCAAUAAUAAAUUAAAUCAUCCUUUAGUCGAGACAAAUUUUCAAGAGUCUACCAUGAUCAUAUCAAAAAAGGAGGCAUCUCAUUUGAUUAAUAAUAUGACUGAAUAUCCAUUAGCAAUUCGAAUACCAAAAAAUGUAUGGAAAGAAGGAUUUACUUAUAAAGUAAAUGAUUGCUUUUAUGAUGAUAAUGGAGAUUUUUUGUACAGGGUUCCUGGAUUAAAAAAAAAUUAGUUAAUGUGAAUAAUAUUAAUAAUAAAAUAUUGUAGUUGAUCAAAUAAAAUACAAUACACAUAUUAAUAUGUGUAUAUUUGUUUCAUUAUUUUA